UGAUGUACUGCUUUACGGCACUCACCCCCCUCCAGGUGCCGGAAGUCUGAAGCCGGCAAACAUGGCUGCCACCUAUGUCCUCAAACACUCAGCGACGACCCUGGCAGCGUUCUUGUUCUUGUCUUUCGUCAGCUCGGCCGCUAGUCACAUCGAGGAUCAAGCAGAACAAUUUUUUAGAAGUGGCCAUACAAACAACUGGGCUGUUUUGGUUUGUACGUCCCGAUUCUGGUUUAAUUAUCGACAUGUUGCAAAUACUCUUUCUGUUUAUAGAAGUGUCAAGAGGCUGGGUAUUCCUGACAGCCACAUUGUCCUGAUGCUUGCGGACGAUAUGGCCUGCAAUCCUCGGAAUCCCAAACCAGCAACCGUGUUUAGCCACAAGAAUAUGGAGCUAAACGUGUACGGCGAUGACGUAGAAGUGGAUUAUAGAAGCUAUGAGGUGACGGUGGAGAAUUUUUUACGAGUGUUAACUGGGAGGAUCCCGCCUAGUACUCCGAGGUCAAAACGUCUUCUUUCGGAUGAUAGAAGCAAUAUUCUUAUUUAUAUGACAGGACAUGGUGGAAAUGGUUUCUUGAAAUUUCAAGAUUCUGAAGAAAUUACCAACAUAGAACUUGCAGAUGCUUUUGAACAGAUGUGGCAGAAAAGACGCUACAAUGAGCUACUGUUCAUUAUUGACACUUGCCAAGGAGCAUCCAUGUAUGAGCGGUUUUAUUCUCCUAACAUAAUGGCUCUGGCCAGUAGCCAAGUGGGAGAAGAUUCCCUCUCGCAUCAACCUGAUCCUGCAAUUGGAGUCCAUCUUAUGGAUAGAUACACAUUUUAUGUCUUGGAGUUUUUAGAGGAAAUUAAUCCAGCCAGCCAAACUAAUAUGAAUGACCUUUUUCAAGUGUGUCCCAAGAGUCUCUGUGUGUCUACCCCUGGGCAUCGCACUGAUCUUUUUAAGAGGGAUCCUAAAAAUGUCCUGAUAACUGAUUUCUUUGGAAGUGUGCGGAAGGUGGAAAUUACAACAGAGACUAUGAGUUUGCAGCAGGAUUCAGAAAUCAUGGAAAGCAGUUACAAGGAAGACCAGAUGGAUGAGGAACUAAUGGAACCACUGAAAUAUGCUGAACAACUUCCUGUAGCUCAGAUAAUACAUCAGUCCUCCAUCAUUGCUGUCGAAGUCUGCUCUUGGGAAACCACAGCUCGAGCAGUUUGCUUUUCUCUCUGGUCCUCUCCUGGGCAUCGGCAGUCUGAAUGGGAGAUGCAUGACUGGCAAGGAGGUCAGGACAGCAGGAGCCUGCCCAGGUCUCCAAGCCAGCUGGCCAUGUCAGAUCUCAGGGAUGACUGUUGAUUCUUUGGAGGGACGAUCGUUUCUUCCAAAGAAACCAAAGCUGAAGGAUUGGCACCCUCCAGGGGGCUUUAUUCUCGGACUGUGGGCACUCAUUAUCAUGGUGUUCUUUAAAACAUAUGGAAUCAAGCACAUGAAGUUCAUCUUUUAGACUCAAGGAUGUCUGAAGAAGAAUGCAUGGAAGAUGUGAACUUUGGACAGAAAUUUGUUAUGUGUUUUUACAAAUACAUUACUCUUUUGUAAAUUGGCAAAAAGUAUAAGGAAGUGAAAUUUUAACAAACUAUUGUAUUUAUAACAUAAAUAAAAGUCAUUGUUAAUGCAAGUGCUUAUUGGGCACUAAAUAUAUUUCAGGUUUUCAUUUUGUGUGUUACAAAAAAAUAGAAUACAGAAACUGAAUAUAGUGAUGGCUUAUUUUUGAAAACAGCAGCUUCCCUUUAUCCUCUUCAUUUGCAAAAGAAAAUUCACGGAGAUAUUAAUUUCCCACUGACAGAGGUAACUUCUGUUAAUAAAUUUGUGUGUGUCCUCCCAAUAUUUGUAUGUACAGAUUUUCCUCAAAAUGGAGAUCAUCCAGAAUAGAAUGUUUCUUUUCAUUUUGUAUUAUCAUUUUGUAUUUUCCCUCUUUGUGGAUAUUUUUCAGUACGAUAUAAAAGACUGCGGAAUAUCCAUUGUAUGAAUGCAUAAUAAUUUGUCUGAUAGUCUUCUGUUGUUUGACCAUGUACUUUGUUUUCAGUGUUUUCUUUUGGUUCAUUCUCUAAUGUAUUUUUAUAUUUCUGUCAGUCACCCAUGGAAUUCUGCAACUUUAGAUAAAGGUACAAAAUUGUUUCUUAAUACUGACAGUUUUAAGAACCCUAUUUGCUUUCAGUUUAUCUGCAGUGUCAGGUCUUUGAGAAUUACUGGUAUUGACUACUUAAAGAAACUCAGAGUGUUAUUUUUUAUUUCUGAGCAUCUUGUGACCCACUAGAAUUGAUUACUUCCCCUUCAAUUUCCACCUUGAACGAGAGAACUGAUAAGGGCUGUAUUAAUUCUGUUUAAGGCUCAUUGUGCCCCCGGGCUGGCCCUGUACUUUCUCUGAGAACAGCCCCAUACCGUGGAUGGCCUGUGUGGUACUGCUCUGGGUCUGACCGAGGUAUGAUAGACGCAGGAAGCGUGCUCCUGCUCUUCGGUGACGUGCAAGAGCUUGCAUCCCUGUCACUUAUCUUUUAGUCAGCCAUCUUCACAUCUUUCUCAUGACUGGAAAUAGCAUUGAGGUUGUGCUUAGUGAUCAAUCCAAGUAUUGUUGCUUUUCAGACAUUUCUGUUUAAACUAGGGAAAUACCUGCAAAUUCAGUAUUGAUGUCUCAGAAGACAUCUUAUAUUUACCCAAAACAUGCGUCUUCAUCUUUUUUCAUUGCAAAGAGCUGUUUUAUAAUUGCAGGUACCAUCGAGAAAUUUACUUUUUACAAUAAAAGUUAAUAUUUCUUAGGAA